AUGCCGGAGAGAUUGAUGACCCGAACGCGCGGGUUCGACAGAGCUCCGGGGGACGCGCCCGCGCCGGGAGCCGCGUUCGACUGGGUCCCGACCGCGGAGUACGAGGCGCGACACUUCGUCCGCCCGUCCACCGCCGAGAUCCCGACGCGGGCGCCGGAGAGCACCCCGCUGGAGCUCUUUGACGAUCCCGAGCUGGAACUCAAGACUCCGGAGCAGUGGCUCGCGACGCGAACUCCGGGCGGGGACCGGUGCGGAGCGGUGUCGAGAUACUUCACGGGCCACGGGCAGUUCACCUGGGAGCCGUGCUGGGUGACGGGGUACGACGAAUCGUCGGAUACGUACGCGAUCGAGUGGCGAGUUUCGCCCGGGGUGACGAAGCGGGUGAAGCGAUUGAACCUCAUCUUCGACGCCGAGGACCCGGACGCGUUCCGGACGCGGCUCAACUCCGCGAGGCUGCUGCGGGACAGGCACGAACGCGCGCUGCGGUACACGCGCGCGGCGGAGGAGAUAUUCGAGUACGAAAACGACGACCUCUGCGACGCCCCGAGCUUCCGCGCGAAGAUCUCGAGCGCGUGCGACGGGUGCCGACGGAACCCGAUCAAGACGUCCACCGCCGUACCCGGCGCGUGCGACCGAUUCUGGGCCGAGAACUUGCGCGUGUACAGGCUGGCGCACAAGCGCUCGUACCUGGACCUCGCGCUGAGGGACGACAACAAACGAGCGCGACUGGCGGACAUCGGGGUCGAACCUCUCGACUCGGACAACGAGAGAAUGAACGCGAGGGGUUGCGCCGCGUCUCCCGGCCGGCACCCCGACGCGCACGCGAUCGCCGCGGAGGAGAUCGCCGCGCUCUUACCCGACGCGGACGCCGAUUUUCUGGACGCGCACCAGCGCUACUACGCCAACUGCGACGUUCGAUUCGAGACGCUCCUGGACGCGGAGCCUCCACGGCCCGGACUCCUUCCGGAGGAUCCGGUCACUCUGGACGAUUUCGAGAAGAAACAGCGCACUCAGCUGGACCGCGUGAGCGAGCGCAUGCGAGGCGAGUGCGUCAUCGUCGCGGUCGACAUCCUGCGGGAGCUGGAGCGAACGAAACGGUCGCAGGCGGAGGCGGCGGCGCGAGCGCGACUGGAGCAAAGGCUGGCGAAGCUGACGCCGGUGGAGCGAUCGAUGUGGAUGGACGCCAACGGCGAGGACGUGGAGUCGAACAUCCGCGAGGAGGCGUCCAGUGCACUGGCGCGCGCGACGAUGAUGCCCCGGUUCCUCAAAUCGCUGACGAUUUGCGCCAAGGACCAGGUGAGGACGGUGGUGCAAAACUCGGUGGCGAGUUACCUUCGGUUCUGGUCGCAGUUCGCGGGGGGCGACGACGCGGUGGCGUGCCGGGGCGUGCUUCACCACCUGCCGUUCAUGAAGGUGACGUUGAUGAUCAAGGACGGCGAGGUUGCGUACGAUCCGCCGCUGGAGAAGGUGAAAGAUGUCGCGCUGAAUCUCUUUGACGACAUGGUGGAGUCGGUGCGGGACAUCCCGCAGAUUCGCGCGAUGCUCGAGGCGACGAGCCAAUCGGAGACGUCCACGUCAGCAGAUGCCGGCGAGGGCGACGCCGACGUCGUCGCGGUCUCGGUGGAUUUCGAGAAGGUCCCCGCGCCGUCCGCGGACGAGCCUUUCGUCGUAGAGGCGAGGUCCGCCAUCGUCGCCAUCGUGGAUGAAAAUUUCACCGGGCCCGUCGCGCUCGCCGAGAGCUAUCGCGCCUUCGACGAGCUCAUGGUGAAACCGGAACCGACGCCGACGCCGGAUUCGGAACCCGAUCUCAAUCCAUCGGUGGACGGCGGCGCGAACGCGGAUGGUGACGCGGAUCCAUCGGCGGAGGGUGAGGCUUUAGCCCCCGCGGAGGCGCCCGACGUCGAAGCGGCUCCGGACGCAGCCGGCGCCUCGAGCUCGGACGCCGCCCCAAAACCCGAGGGCGGCGACGGCGAGGAGGAGGAGGAGGAGGCCGAACCCGAGGCCGAGGUCGAGCUCACGCUCGAGGACAAGGAGAACGAGAUGCGCAGACUCGCCUCGCUCGCCGCAUCCGUCGACGGCAAUUCCGAGUCCUGGCUCACGUUUCGCCUGCUCGGAGUCUCGUGCUACGAGAUCAAGGCCACGCUGAUGGACGAGGCGAACGCGCGCAGGAACGCCAUGCUCAAAGAACUGACCGACGAGUUCUUCCGAGGGAGCACCAGCUGCAGGGAUAGGUACGCCGACAUUGCGAAUAAGUUGAGGAUGGAGGUGACCAACCCGGAGGAGUUGGAUAGACUCCGGAGGGACAUGGAAAAGGCGUUUGCGGAGCGAGAUGGGUUACAGGCUGACCUGGACGCCUGCACCGCGUUGAGCGAGGCGCUCGAGCGGGCCUUCCACUGGCCGUCGCUCGAUGAGGAGGUGGCGGGCGUGUACUGGGAGGCGAUGACGUGGCCUAGCGUCAUCACGGAGAUUGUCGCGGAGUGCGAGCAGCGGGUCAAGGAGCUCACCAAAAAGUUCAAGAAGGAGCUCAAGGCUGACAAGGAGACGCUCUCCGAGGAUUGUCACAGCGCUCGGUUCGAGUACAACGAGUUCAUCCGGCUCGGCGACAUCGACGCGGUGGAGGAGCGCCUCGUUCGCGUGGAAGAGAUCGACGCGCACCACGAGGCGCUCAAGGAGCGCCAGGAACUCUACGCGAGCAGGCAGGAAAUCUUCGGAGAGCGAGGUAGCCGACCGAAACACCUGGCGGAGCUCGUCAAGGACUUCGAACCCUACGCGAACAUCUGGAAGACGUGCGCGGAGGUGACCCGCACGGUCCCGGAGUGGAUCGAGGGUCCGUUCGCGGCGCUGGAUCCCGAGAAGGUGUCCGGCGCGGUGGAGGUUUGGGAUCGAUCCACAAAGAAAAACCUCAAGGUUCUCGACGGACCCCCGAGGGAGGUUGGAGAGGCGUUGCUCGCGAAGAUUCAGCACUUCCAGGAGCUCCUCCCGCUCGUCGUCGCUCUGCGCAACCCCGGCCUCAAAGACCGGCAUUGGGCGAAGCUCAGCGAGGACCUCGGCUUUGCCGUCAACGGCAAGGACCCCAACUUUACGCUGCAGAAGGCGCUAAAACUCGACCUCGUCGCGCACAUCGAGACGGUCGAGAAGGUGAGCGAGAGCGCGAGCAAGGAGUACUCGCUCGAGCGCACCCUCGACAAGAUGCAGAAAGACUGGACCGGCGUCGUUUUCGAGCGCAAGGCGUGGAGGGAGACCGGUUCCUACAUCCUCAACGCCACGGACGAGAUUCAGAUCCUGCUCGACGAUCAGGUUGUCAAGGCGAUGGCGAUGAAGGCGUCGCCGUACAUCGGGCCGUUCGAAGACAGGGCAAAGCAGUGGGAAAAGACGCUGCUCACGAUCCAAGAGGUGCUCGACAGCUGGCUCAAGUGCCAGAACGGCUGGCUGUAUUUGGAGCCAAUCUUCGGGUCGGACGACAUCAUGCAGCAGAUGCCCACCGAGGGCCGCAAGUUCAAGACGGUGGACGUCCAGUACCGCAAGAUGAUGGAAAAGCUGAAGAUCACGGCAGACGUCGUCGUCGUCGGCGCGGACGAGGAACUGCUGAACCAGCUCCAACAGUCAAACGCGCUGUUAGACGACGUCAACAGCGGCCUCUCCGAGUACCUCGAGACGAAGCGACUCGCGUUUCCGCGGUUUUACUUCCUGUCCAACGACGAGCUGCUCGAGAUCUUAUCGGAAACCAAGGACCCGCUGCGGGUGCAGCCGUUUCUCAAGAAGGUGUUCGAGGCGAUUCACGCGCUCGAGUUUCAGGAGGAUCUGGAGGCGACCGCGAUGAUCUCCGAGGAGGGGGAGAAGGUUCCGUUUAAGAAUUCGUUCAAUCCCAACUCCGCGGGGGGUCAGGUGGAGAAGUGGCUGACGGAGUGCGAGGCUGCGCAGCGCGAGACGGUCGCCGAGGUUUGCAAGCACUCCUCCGAGGCGUACGCCACGACCAAGCGCACGGAGUGGAUGAUCCAGUGGCCCGGACAGGUUGUCCUCUGCAUCGGGUCCCUCUACUGGACCUCAGAAACUGAGGAGGCUCUUCGCACCGGCACCAUGCCAGAGUACGCCGAGAAGUGCACCGCGCAGCUCAUGGACAUCGUGGAGCUCGUGCGCGGGCAGCUCACUAAACUCCAGCGCAAGACGCUCUCCGCUCUCGUGGUCAUCGAGGUGCACGCCAGGGACGUCGUGGCGCAGCUCGCGAAGCAGGGUGUGGCUUCGCCCGACGAUUUCGAGUGGGCGUCGCAGCUCCGAUACACCUGGGACGAGAGGGAGGAGACCGGCGAGGCCGCCGUGAUGGUGCGCAUGAUCAACGCGGCGGUGUGGUACGGCAACGAGUACCUCGGUAACUCGUCGCGGCUGGUCAUCACGCCGCUGACGGACAGGUGCUACCGCACUCUGAUGGGGGCGGUUCACCUGGACGUGGGAGGAGCGCCCGAGGGACCCGCGGGUACGGGCAAGACGGAGACCACGAAGGACCUCGCCAAGGCGAUCGCGAUGCAGUGCGUGGUUUUCAACUGUUCCGACGGGUUGGAUUACCUCGCGAUGGCAAAGUUUUUCAAGGGUCUGGCGGCGUCCGGCGCGUGGGCGUGCUUCGACGAGUUCAACCGCAUCGACCUCGAGGUGCUCUCGGUGAUUGCUCAGCAGAUUCUGACAAUCACUCGCGCCAAGGCUGCGAAGCUGGAGCUCUUCGACUUCGAGGGCACCCGCCUGCCGCUGCGUCGCACGUGCAACGUGUUUAUCACCAUGAACCCGGGCUACGCGGGUCGCUCCGAGCUCCCCGAUAACCUCAAGGCGCUCUUCCGAACCGUCGCGAUGAUGGUACCGGACUACGCCAUGAUCGGCGAGAUCAUCCUCUACUCGUUCGGUUACCUCGAGGCCCGCGACAUGGCGCGCAAGCUCGUCGCCACCUACAAGCUCUGCUCCGAGCAGCUCUCUUCUCAGUCUCACUACGACUACGGCAUGCGCGCGGUCAUCUCCGUGCUUCGCGCGGCGGGUGCCGUAAAGCUCAAGUUCCCCAACGAGGACGAGUCGGUGUUGAUGCUCAUCUCCCUGAAGGACGUGAACCUGCCCAAGUUCCUCGCGCCGGACAUCCCGCUGUUUAACAACAUCCUCAGCGACCUCUUCCCCGGCGUGGUCCUGCCCGAGCCUGACUACGAUCACAUGCGCGCCAGCGUGAUGAAGGAGUGCGCAAAGGCUAACCUCCAGCCGACGCCGGUUUUCAUGGAAAAACUCUUCCAGUUGUACGAGAUGAUCCUCGUGCGACACGGGUUGAUGCUCGUCGGUUACUCCUACGGAGCUAAGACGUGCAUAUAUCAGAUGCUCGCGGGCGCGCUGAACGACUUGAAGGCGCAAAACCUACUCGACGAGAACAAGGUGAAAGUCGUCGUCAUCAACCCCAAGUCCAUCUACAUGGGUCAGCUGUACGGGCAAUUCGACCCGGUGAGUCACGAGUGGCAGGACGGUGUCUUGGCCAAGAAGUUCAGGGAGUGCGCGGUGGAUACCAGCCCCGAUCGCAAGUGGGUGAUGUUCGACGGCCCGGUGGACGCCAUCUGGAUUGAGAACAUGAACACCGUGCUCGAUGAUAACAAGAAACUCUGUCUGAUGUCCGGCGAGAUCAUCCAGAUGAGCGGCACGAUGAACAUGAUAUUCGAGGUUCAGGACCUCGCGGUGGCGUCGCCCGCGACGGUGUCCCGGUGCGGUAUGAUCUACGUCGAGCCCUCGAGCAUGGGCUGGGAACCGCUUAAGGAUUCGUGGAUGAACACGCUCCCGCCGCUCAUCGAGCCGCACAAGCCUCGAAUCGAGGAGCUGUUCACCUGGCUCGUCAAGCCCUGCAUGGCGUUCGUGCGCAAGAACUGCAAGGAACUGAUCCCAACCUCAGACAUCAACCUGCCGGUCGCGCUCAUGAACAUCUUUGACUCAAUGAUUGACGAGUUCAGGGUUGAACUGGCGGAUGGCGAGGACUUUGACGAGAUCAUGGCACCAAAGGAUCAGAAGAUAUUCGUCGACUGCGUCUUCCUCUUUUCUGUCGUGUGGUCCAUCGGCGGCACCACCGAGAACGAGGGCCGCGAGAAGUUCGACUUUUUCCUGCGCAAGCUUGUCGACGGUAAGGUUGAUCCGUCGCCCGAGAGGACGGAUUUUGACCUCGGUCCCGGUCUCGAAAUUGUUCCGCCAACUGAAAAACGAGUCGCCAAGGCUUUCCCCAAGGCCACCGAGGGCAGCGUGUACGACAUGCACUUCGAGAAGGACAAAUUCCGUUGGACCAACUGGUUGAAAACGGUCAAGGACGAGCCCAUUCGCGAGGAACUCGAAUUUCAGAACAUCGUGGUCACGACCAUCGACACCAUUCGGUACCGAUACAUUUUCGACGUCCUCGCCACUCACGGCAAACACGUGCUCUUCGGAGGUCCCACCGGUACCGGUAAGACGGUGUACAUCAAGCAGUCGCUCGAUGCGAUGGACAAGGACAAGUGGACCAACAUCCAGAGCACGUUCAGCGCGCAGACAAACGCCAACCAGAUUCAGGAUAUCAUCGACAACAAGCUCGACAAGCGCAAAAAAGGAGUCUUUGGUCCAAAGCAGGGAACCCGCGCGGUGGUGUUUAUCGAUGACCUCAACAUGCCGAUGCUCGAGGAGUACGGCGCGCAGCCGCCGAUCGAGAUCAUCCGCCAGUGGCUCGACCACGGCGGAUGGUACGACCGAGAGGAGCUCACGAUGCGCAAGCUGGUGGAUAUCCAAUUUUGUGCAGCGAUGGGCCCCCCGGGCGGAGGCCGCAACCCGGUGACGCCCCGAAUGCUCCGCCACUUCAACCAAAUCUCAAUCUGCGACUUUGACGAUAACUCCCUCAGGCGAGUGUACACCGCGAUCACCGACUGGUGGUGCAGGCGAGCGAGCGUGCCCAAGGAUGUCGGCUUGAAGCUCCCUGGGAAGUUGGUUGAGGCGACGCUGGAAAUUUACAACACAAUCAAGCGGGAGCUGCUGCCCACGCCGAUGAAGUCGCACUACACCUACAACAUGCGCGACAUCAGCAAAGUUUGGCAGGGCGUCUCCAUGAUCGGCGAGGCGCCCCAGAACCAGCUCGAGCUCAUCAGGCUCUGGUCGCACGAGACCCUUCGCGUUUUCCAUGACAGGCUCGUGAACGACGAGGACCGGAUGUGGUUCUUCUCGUUCCUAAAACAGAUGGUGGACCGCCACACCGGGCAAAAGUUCGACAAGGUGUUCGCCGCGUGGGACUUCGACAAGAACGGAACCGUGGACAUCGUCGAGCUCAGGCGGCUGAUGUUUGCCAGCUUCAUGGAUGGCUCCGGUGCCGAGGGCAAGUACGCCGAGGUGAAGGAUGUAGACGCCCUGCAGAGGCUCGUGACGGAGCAGCUCGUGGAGUACAACCAGAGUGGGAAGAUGCGGAUGGACCUCGUGCUGUUCCUGUACGCGGCGGAACACAUCUGCCGAAUCUCGCGCGUCAUUCGGCAAAACCUGGGUAACGCGCUGUUGGUUGGCGUGGGCGGCUCGGGUCGCCAAUCGCUGACAAGGAUCGCCGCGUUCAUGGCUGAAUACGAGGUGUAUUCGAUCGAAAUCACGAAGUCGUACACCCAGGUGGAGUGGCGCGAUGAUCUGAAGAACGUCCUGCGUAAGGCUGGCGGCGAGGGUUCACCCACGGUUUUCCUGUUCAACGACACCCAGAUCAAGAUGGAGUCGUUCUUGGAGGACAUCAACAACAUCCUGAACACCGGCGAGGUGCCCAACAUGUUCGCCAAGGACGAGACAGCGCAGGUAAUCGACAUGGUCACGCCCAGGGCCGUAAAAGCCGGCGUCAACGCGGGUUCGCGCGCGGAUCUCUUCCAGUUUUUCGUCGACGAGUGCCGCAGGAACCUGCACAUGGUGCUGUGCUUCUCCCCGGUUGGCGACGCCUUCCGCGAGCGACUGCGCAAGUUCCCCUCGCUCGUUAACUGCUGCACGAUCGACUGGUUCAGCGAGUGGCCCGAGGAUGCGCUCCGCAGCGUGGCGUCGCAGUUCCUCAAGGACAUCACGAUGGACUCGGACGCCAUCCGGGACUCCACGCUGGACAUGUGCAUGCAGUUCCAUGUGGACGUUCGCCACCUGGCUGAAAAAUUCCUCGCCAACCUGGGCCGGUACAAUUACGUCACUCCCACUUCGUACCUCGAGCUCAUCGGCACCUACCGAAGGCUGCUCAACGAGAAGCGCGACGAGGUUCAGACGAUGAUCAACCGCUACGAGGGCGGUUUGGCGCAGAUUUACGAGGCUGAGGAUUCCGUCGCGGUUAUGAAGACGGAACUCAUCGACCUCCAACCGGUGCUCGAGAGAACCGCCGUCGAGACGGAGGAGAUCAUCAAGCAGGUCAACUUGGAGACGGUCGACGCGGACAAGGUAAAGGCGAGCGUCGCGAAGGACGAGGCGUACGCCGCGGAGCAGGCUGCGAACGCGGAGGCGAUCAAGGUUGAGUGCGAGACGGAGCUCGCCGCCGCCAUCCCCGUCCUGGAGUCGGCAAUCGCGGCGCUCGACACCCUGACCAAGGAGGACAUCACGUACAUGAAGGCGUACAAGAACCCUCCCGAGGUUGUCAAGCUGGUCAUGGAGGCGGUCUGCAUCCUGCUCAAGGUGAAGCCGGCGAUGGUCAAGGAUCCCAAGGGUGGGGUCAAAAAGAUUGCCAACUACUGGAUUCCCACCAUCAAACUCCUGGGCGACUCGCAGUUCCUCGAUAAGCUGAGGAGCUACGACAAGGACUCGAUCCCGAACAAGAUCAUCAAGCAGAUCAAGCCCUACGUCGCGAGGCCCGAGUUCCAGCCCGAGAAGGUCAAGGAGGUUUCGGCGGCUGCGUACGGCUUUUGCUGCUGGGUCCGCGCCAUGGAGGCUUACGACUCCACGGUGAAGGUUGUCGAGCCGAAGAAGAAGAAGUUGGCGCAGGCGCAGGAGGAGUACGAGGGUCUCAUGGUCGGUCUCAACGAGGCGCGCGGAAAGCUGAAGGAGGUCGAGGAUAAGGUCCAGGCGCUUAACGAUAAGCUCGAGGCGAUGCAGAACAAGAAGGCUCAGCUCGAGUUUGACUACGACAUGUGCGGCAAAAAGCUCGUUCGCGCCGAGAAGCUCAUCGGCGGAUUGGGCGGCGAGAAGGAGCGCUGGAAGCAGGUCGCGGCGGGUCUCAAGGUUGACUACACCAACCUCACGGGCGACGUGCUGCUGUGCGCGGGGUAUAUCGCGUACCUCGGCGCGUUUACCCAGCCGUACCGAGAUGAGGUGCUCGGCAAGUGGAUCGAGCAGUGCAAGGCGGGCGGCAUCCCGUGCUCUGACACGUUCAAGCUCAUCACAGUGCUCGGUGAGCCGGUGAAGAUUCAGCAGUGGGCCAUUGAUGGUCUGCCCAACGACUCCUUCUCCGUGGACAACGCCAUCGUGAUGAACAAAUCCAGGCGCUGGCCUCUGAUCAUCGACCCGCAAGGCCAAGCGAAUAAGUGGAUUCGCAAGAUGGAGCAGCCGCGUAACCUGGUAGUCGUCAAGCUCACCGACGGGGAUUUCAUCCGCAAGCUCGAGAACGCGAUCCAGUUCGGAAACCCCGUGCUCCUCGAGAACGUGGGCGAGGAGCUGGACCCUACGCUCGAGCCGCUGCUUCUCAAGUCGACGUUUAAACAGGGCGGUCAGAUGGUUAUCCGACUGGGCGACUCCACCAUCGAGUACCACCAGGACUUCAGGUUCUACAUAACCACCAAGUACCGCAACCCGCACUACUUACCCGAGAUCAGCGUCAAGGUGACGCUCGUGAACAUGAUGAUCACCAUCGACGGACUCGUCGACCAGGUUCUCGGCAUCGCCGUCGCAAAGGAGCGACCGGAUCUUGAGGAGGAGAAGGCUCGGCUCACCACGGAGGGCGCCGAGAACGCGCGUCAGCUCGCGGAGGUUGAGAACAAGAUCAUCGAGGUGUUGGGCUCAUCCGAGGGUAGCAUCCUCGAGUCGGAGACGGCGAUCGACGUCAUCACAAACGCCAAGGAGCUCUCCAACGAGAUCAACCGCAAGCAGGCCAUCGCAAAGAAGACUGAGAUUACGAUUGACGAGACCCGCGAGGGAUACAGGCCCCUCGCCGUGCACGUCGCGCACCUCUUCUUCAACGUCGGCGAGCUGUGCAACAUCGAGCCGAUGUACCAGUACUCGCUGGCGUGGUACGUCAACCUCUUCAACCACGCGCUUGAGUUUGCGCCGAGAUCGGACGACCUCCAGAAGCGUCUCGACAACCUCAUCGAUUUCUUCACCUACUCGCUGUACAAGAACAUCUGCCGGUCCCUGUUCGAGAAGGACAAACUGCUGUUCUCGUUCACGCUCGCCGCGACGAUCUUCACGUACAAGGGCACGCUGGACCCCGGCGAGUACCGCUUCCUGCUCACCGGCGGCCUCGGUCAGAAGCCCGGCGCCGACGACGUACCUUGCAAGUGGCUCAACAAGAACCUGUGGCUAGAGAUGCUGAGACUCUCCGAUCUUCCCGCGUUCGACGGAUUCGCCGACGCGUUCAGGUCUAAUCCCGACGCGUGGCAGCACAUAUACGACAGCGCCAACCCCGAGUCCGAGGCGCUCCCCGCGCCGUGGUGCGACAAGCUCGACGAUUUCCAAAAGCUCAUCGCGCUUCGCACGGUUCGUCCCGAUAAGCUCACGCGCGCCGUGCAGAUCUACGUGGACAAGAGCAUGGGCCGACGGUACAUCGAACCGCCGCCGUUCGACCUGGAGCAGUGCUACAACGACUCGACGUGCUUCACGCCGCUGGUGUUCAUCCUCUCCCCGGGCUCGGACCCCAUGGACUCGCUGCUCAAGUUUUGCGCCGCGAAAGACAUCUCCAUGGAGACGCUGUCGCUGGGCCAAGGGCAGGGUCCCAAGGCUGAGGCGCUGAUCGCGCAGGGCGUGGUGGACGGAAGCUGGGUGGUGCUUCAGAACUGCCACCUGGCGGUGUCCUGGAUGACCACGCUCGACCGCAUUUGCGAGGAGUUUGUCACCAACACCUCGCCGCCGCACGAGGAUUUCAGGCUGUGGCUGACGUCCUACCCGUCUCCGCACUUCCCCGUCGCCGUGCUCCAGAACGGCGUGAAGAUGACCAAUGAACCCCCGAAGGGCCUGCGCGCGAACAUGAUAUCCAGUUUCCAGAACGACCCGAUCAGCGACGAGGAUUUCUUCGAGGGUUGCGCGAGGCCCGCGGAGUGGAAGAAACUGUUGGUGGGACUGGCGUUUUUCCACGCCUACGUGCAGGAGAGGAGGAACUUCGGCCCGCUGGGUUGGAACAUCCCGUACGGUUUCAACGAUCCGGACCUGAAGAUUUCCCUUCGCCAGCUCCGCAUGUUCCUGGACGAGGCUGGGGAGGACCAGCCGUUGGCGGUGCCUCUGAAGACGCUGGUGUACCUCAUCGGCGAGUGCAACUACGGCGGGCGCGUCACCGACGCCCACGACCGCCGGUGCCUCAUGUCGAUCCUCACCGACGAGGACGGCGGACCCUUCCACGUCAACAUCAUGGACGAUAACUACAGGUUCUCACCCUCCGGGCUGUACUACGCGCCGGAGGAGGGCGACCACGAGUCGUACAUCGAGUUCUUCAAGCAGAUGCCAAUCGCGGCGGAUCCCGAGGUUUUCGGCCUCCACGCCAACGCGGACAUCACGAAGGACCAGCAGGAGACCGACUUGAUGUGCAAUUCGAUCUUGCUGACGCAGGGUAACGCCACGAGCGGCGGGGGUAAGAGCAAGGAGGAAACCUUGGCGGAGGUCGCCGCGCAGAUCGCAGAGUCCAUCCCACCGGUUUUCGACCUCGAACUCGCCAAUUACAAGUACCCGGUUGACUACUACGAGAGCAUGAACUCCGUGCUGUGCCAGGAGCUCGUCCGGUUCAACCGCCUGCUCGAGGUGAUCCACGCGAGCAUCGGGAGCUUCCAGCUGGCGCUCAAGGGCCAGAUCGUCAUGACCGGCGAGUUGGACGCUUUGGGCAACGCCAUGUUUGACGGGAAGAUCCCCGCGAUGUGGGCCAAAAAGUCGUACCCGUCGCUGCAGCCGCUGGCCGCUUACAUAAGCGAGCUCGUGAGGAGGCUGGAGACGCUGCAGAAGUGGAUCGACGAGGGCGCACCGCCCAUGUUCUGGAUCACCGGGUUCUUCUUCACCCACGCGUUCCUCACCGGCGUGCUCCAAAACUACGCCAGGAAGUACAAGCUCCCCAUCGACACCGUCGUGUUUGACUUUGAGGCUAUGCCGGCGAACCACGACUUCACGAAGAAGCCCGACGACGGCGCGUACUGCAACGGCAUGUUCAUCGAGGGCGCCAAGUGGAGCGACGAGAACAUGACGCUGGUGGAGAGCGACCCGAAGGUUUUGUUCACCGAGAUGCCGGUGUUUUGGUUCAAGCCCACCACCCAGGAUAAGCGAGCGGAUUUUCCGCACUACCUCUGUCCAAUCUACCGGACGGCGGAGCGGAGGGGCGUGCUGGCCACGACGGGCCACUCGUCCAACUUUGUCAUCAACCUCACGGUCCCGAGCGAUAAGCCCCAGAACCACUGGAUCAAGCGCGGCGUCGCGGGGCUCCUGUCGCUGUCGUACUAA